ACCUGUCAAUCCUGUUCGUAGCUUCAUUGUUUACAUGCUGAAACCCGUCGGAUCGAUACCGUUUGCACGCGCACGAAUACGAAUACGAAUGCAUCAGACUGAUGAGCUUCUAACGAUGCGUAAAGGUAUGCGUACACGUGUCUGAUUCGCCAUAGGACAUAUUUAAUAAGCGGCAAACGCGUUGCGCGUGCCGAAGAAGAGAAGGAGCUAGAGAAAAGGGAGGUGUAUGUGUGCGUCGUAUCGUUGUAUGUGUCGUAUGUGAGCGGGAAAGAAGCGACGCCGCGGCCGGCACGGCGCGCUGGCGAUGGAUCACUCCUAGUCACUUCCUUAACUUUUGUUCCGACGACGCGAUAGAACCUCGAGGAUAUAUUCCCGCGCCAACUUGGGACAAUUUAUGGGACACAACGUCACCAGCUGGGAGAUGAUACGUACGCGGGAGGAAAAGUCGAAUUUCGACAUUUUCGACGGUACGGACGGCACCGAGGUUCAGCAUACGAUUAUGAACAACAUGGUAGACGCCAGGGCCUGUUACAAGCCUAGCGGCAAAUCGUGGUUCCGCGGCGUUCGAAGCAGCAAGUUUCGACACGUUUACGGCGUGCCAGCCAAGAGGGAGAAAUGUUACGACAACAUCAAGAUCACAAAAAACGCCCACGAUUCGCAAUUCUGCGCCGUAAAUCCCAAGUUCCUGGCCGUCGUGACGGAGGUUGCGGGCGGUGGAGCGUUUCUUGUGUUAUCAUUGGAUCGCACCGGACGACUUGACUUCAACGCCAGCCGAGUAACUGGACAUACCGGUCCCGUUUUGGACAUCAAAUGGAAUCCAUUCAACGACAAUAUCAUCGCGUCCUGUUCCGAUGAUUGCACUAUAAAAUUGUGGCAUGUACCUGAUGGCGGAUUGUCAAGGAAUUUGACCGAAUGGCUGGUGGAGUUGCAAGGACACAAACGACGUGUCGCUUAUAUCGAGUGGCAUCCGGUAGCAGAGAAUGUGCUUUUUAGCGCCGGCUUUGAUCAUCUUGUUAUCGUGUGGGACGUGAACAGAUGCGAAGCAGUUAGCGUCAUCGAUAGACAUCCUGAUGUGAUUUAUAGCAUGUCUUUAAAUCGUGACGGCAGCUUAUUGGCGACCACUUGCAAGGACAAGAAAUUACGCGUUUUUGAACCAAGGUCCGGUAUCGUAGUUUCGGAAGGAGUAUGUCACGCUGGCACGAAAGCUAGCAAGGUAGUAUUUCUUGGCAGUUCCGGACGUCUUUUGACUACUGGAUUUAGCAGACAUUCGGAUCGACAAUAUGCGAUAUGGAGUCAACAUGAUUUAACUGUUCCACUGACGUGUGAGACGAUAGAUUCAUCGAGCGGAGUGGUUUUUCCAUUUUACGAUAAUGAUACCAACAUGGUGUUUUUGGCCGGAAAGGGUGAUGGUAAUAUUCGAUAUUAUGAAGUGGUUAAUGAAGCACCUUGGGUGCAUUAUCUCAGUCAAUUUAUAUCGGGAAAUCCUCAGAGAGGAUUGGGAAUAAUGCCGAAAAGAGGCAUUAAUACCUCUUUAUGCGAAGUAUUCAGAUUUUAUAAGUUACACGCGACUCGUGGAAUGUGUGAGCCGAUCUCGAUGAUAGUACCACGGAAGAGUGAUCAAUUUCAAGAAGAUCUAUAUCCUGAUACAAUUGGAACGUGUCCCGCAUUAUCAGCUAGAGACUGGACCAGCGGCAUGAACAGCCCACCAGUUUUAAUCUCUCUUAAAACAGGCGGGAGUAUCUCUACGCAUAAGCCACGAGUAUACAAGCCACCGCAAUUACCUGCGACCACUGAUCUGAAUAAUAAAAAGAAAUUUGCGUUCUUGUCUACGGAAACGAUACCGGAUUACAGACCGGUGGAAUUACACGAUAUGUCGGAAAAGAGCCAAAAAACAUCCAGCAAUCAAAGCACAAAGUUUCAGCAACUUCAGCAGAAGUUUGGAAAUGUCACUAUACAGAAGAAUAUUAUAUCGUCUUCGAUUAAUGACAAUAAAGUUAUGGAGACUGUGGAUGUUCCAAAUAAUGAAGCAGAACUUCGUUUGGCAUUGGCUCGUCAAACUGACGAAUUGAGACUGGUACGACGGCAGCUCGCUAAUAGCCAACUGCGUGUUAAGGAAUUAGAGGACCAAAUACGAAAAUUGCAGCGUCAACAAUAAAGUUUAACUUAAACUCGCUUUGGCAUCUGCUUUGAAUAAGACUCUUACAGCUUUACUACUACACGUGAUUAUCAAUGUCUUGCGCCAUGUCUAACGCCGAGACAUUACCAUGUCUCCAGAUCAAUACUUAAGGUUUCUAGAGCAUUUAAGCACCGCUAAUAAUGAUAAAGAGCCUAAGCUUAUGAAAACUUUGUACUAACACGCUUAGGGGACUUUAGCUUUGUCAUAUUUAUACACAAAGAAAUAUUCGCACAGAAUAAUUUUUACUAACUUUUCUUAGAAUAUCUACAAUUUUUAUGUAGAAUGAAAUGUCACGUUAAUCACAAGGGAACAGGAGGAACAGUUAGCUGCAUUUGUUACAUAAAAAUUGUACCUGUUUACGCACAUACUUAGAUGCGUAAGUCGGAUAUUAAGAAGUUAAGAGAAACACAAUAGACAAAAUGGCAGCGUAAAGGUAAUUCAUGGUAUUGUCAGUUAAAUGACAUACUUUACUUUUUUUGAAAACGAUAUUAUAUUAUACUACUAGUCUGUUAAUCAAUUGUUUAUUUUUUCUAUUACUGUUUUUGUAUGUUUAUUAGUUACUUAAUUGACGUAUUAUUUAAUAUAUUGCUUUAUCAUUAGAGAUAUUUCAAAAGACAGUAUUUCUUUGCGUAUUACGAUUAUUAUUGCUUCUAUUUGCAUUGUAAAUUUAUCCUUGCAACGCUUAAAAUGAUUUUUGUUGACGAUCUAUUAUACACUCUACAAAACUGCUAUGUCAUAUUAUAUCUAUUAGUAGUAUGGACUAGCGUGUUAAUGUAUUAAGCGUGUUAAUGCAUUUUGCUAUCGCGUAUAUUUUUCAUCACUGCCAUCCACUGCCGUGAUGUCGAUGGCAAUAAGAUCUCCACAUCUAUGAAUGCAGUGAUAUCUAAUGUCACGAUUAACUAAAAAAAAAAAAAAAAAAAAA